AAGAUGAGCUAAAUGAGCUGAAGCCAUAGCUCCCUUGCUGCAUAUUUGUGAGCAAGUAAAAAUACUGUCUUGUUCUGUCCUGUAUUUCUUCCUCUGCUCUGCUCCUCCUCCAAAAUCCCCAACAAUUUACAGAUUCUUUAUUAUCCAUCCAUGGCUUUUGAUUUUAAACUACAAUGUCCUUUUUGUUUUUUCCUGUUCUUUCUGCUACUAUUAUACACAACCACUGCUCAAAGCUAUAGCAACAUAAGCUUGGGUUUAUCCUUUGUCGCACAAGAUGAUAACUUAGUAUGGCGGGCAUCACGUUCGGGUGAUUUUGCUGUCGGUUUUCGAAAAAUGGAAAUGGAUGGCUUCUUACUAUCAAUUUGGUUCGACAAAAUACCUGAAAAAACUGUUGUUUGGUCGGCCAAUAGAAACGAUCCAGUCGAAAAAGGGUCGAUAGUUGAACUGACAACCGGUGGUAACUUGGUCGUUAAAGAUCAAAAAGGCAGGCAGAUUUGGAGUUCUAUUUCGGCUGAUACUGGCGUUUCAUAUGCAGCCUUGCUUGACACAGGGAACUUGGUGCUAGCGAGCCAAGAUAAUACGAUAUUGUGGCAGAGCUUCGAGAAUCCUACCGAUACGCUGUUACCAACACAGACUAUGAAACUUGACACUCAAGUCAUUGCCCACUACACGGAAACGAAUUACUCAAGUGGACGGUACAAGUUUAUGCUGCAACGUGAUGGGAACCUUCUGCUAUAUACCACGAACUUUCCGUUUAAUGAUGCUGUGGCAGCUUACUGGUCGACCCAAUUCAAAGCCGAAGUAGCAGCAAUUGGACGAUCAAACCAUAAAAACUUAGUACAUCUACUCGGUUACUGCAACGAAGGACAAAACCGUCUCUUGGUGUAUGAAUACAUGAGAAAUGGUUCAUUAGCAAAGUUCUUGUUCAAAAUUUCUAGGCCAAACUUGUACGAAAGAACAAGAAUUGCUUUAGGAAUUGCAGAAGGGCUAUGUUACUUGCAUGAACAAUGUAGCUCUCGUAUCAUACAUUGUGAUAUCAAGCCGGAAAAUAUCCUUUUAGACGACACAUUCUCACCACGAAUUUCAGAUUUCGGGUUAUCGAAGCUUUUGAAAAACGAUCAAAGUAGAACCACAACUGCAAUACGAGGAACUAAAGGAUAUGUUGCCCCAGAAUGGUUCAAAAACAUGGCUAUUACAAUCAAAGUCGAUGUUUAUAGCUUUGGUAUUUUGUUGCUGGAGGUUAUUUGUUGUCGAAAAAAUUUCGAACAAGAUGUAGAGGAAGAAGAAGAGAUGAUAUUGGCUGAUUGGGUUUAUGAUUGUUAUAAGAGUGGAACAUUGCAUUGUUUAGUGGAGAAGGAUGAAGAAGCCAUGAAAGAUAUGAAAAAGGUUAAGAAAUUUGUGAUGAUUGCUAUAUGGUGUAUUCAAGAAGAUCCAUCUUUGAGACCUAUGAUGAAGAAAGUAAUACAAAUGAUGGAAGGUGCAGUUGAAGUUCCUGUUCCUCCUGAUCCUAACUCAAUUUUUAGUUCAAUCUAAAUUUGCUUUUGUAGACUAAAUAAAGGUUGUUUACAACUGAGCUUCUGCAUGUAUUUAAAGCUAGCUCCAUUACUUAGUUUUGUUAGGUGGAUUAUGAACUAUUUUUAGUAUCUAAUAUUUUGCAUCCUUGUCGAUUUUUUAAUUUUUUUAAUCGAUGCUUAAUCUUGUUCUCUA